GCCCCCUCCCCCCAAAUCCCCUCAUUCGCCGCACCGGUUUUUUUUUCUUUUUUAACGCCGGAGCAGCAGCGACGGUUAUUGCUCGUCGGAAUCAUGAGGGGUGACAGAGGCCGUGGUCGUGGCGGACGCUUUGGUUCUCGGGGUGGUCCUGGCAGUGGGUUCCGACCCUUCGUGCCUCACAUCCCUUUUGACUUCUAUGUGUGCGAAAUGGCUUUCCCCCGUGUGAAACCCGCCCCAGAUGAGACUGCCUUCAGCGAAGCCUUGCUAAAGAGAAAUCAGGACCUUGCUCCCACUUCUGCUGAACAGGCUUCUAUCCUCUCUCUGGUGACCAAGAUCAACAAUGUGAUUGACAACUUGAUUGUGGCUCCAGGAACAUUUGAAGUGCAAAUCGAAGAGGUUCGCCAAGUGGGAUCCUACAAGAAAGGAACCAUGAUGACUGGCCACAAUGUGGCAGAUCUAGUUGUGAUCCUGAAAAUCUUGCCCACAUUGGAAGCUGUUGCCGCCUUGGGAAACAAAGUUGUGGAAAGCCUGAGGACGCAGGAUCCUGCUGAAAUACUGACCAUGCUCACCAAUGAGACCGGCUUUGAAAUCAGUUCUGCAGAUGCAACAGUGAAGAUUCUUAUAACCACUGUGCCCCCCAACCUUCGCAAGCUGGAUCCCGAGCUGCACCUGGAUAUCAAAGUGCUUCAGAGUGCUCUGGCAGCUAUCCGACACGCUCGCUGGUUUGAGGAAAACGCGUCUCAGUCCACAGUGAAAGUCUUGAUCCGUCUGCUGAAGGACCUCAGGAUGCGGUUCCCAGGCUUUGAACCCCUCACACCCUGGAUUCUUGACCUGCUGGGACACUAUGCUGUGAUGAACAACCCCACACGGCAGCCCUUGGCUCUCAAUGUUGCCUACAGGCGCUGCCUUCAGAUCUUGGCCGCUGGGCUCUUCCUUCCUGGCUCUGUCGGCAUCACUGACCCCUGUGAGAGUGGGAACUUCAGAGUCCACACAGUUAUGACCCUGGAGCAGCAGGACAUGGUCUGCUACACAGCCCAAACCCUGGUCCGCAUUCUCUCCCAUGGCGGGUACCGGAAGAUCCUUGGGCAAGAAGGAGAUGCCAACUACCUGGCUACCGAGAUGUCUACCUGGGAAGGUGUGAUUGUGACCCCGUCGGAGAAAGCAUAUGAGAAACCACCCGAGAAGAAGGAAGGGGAAGAGGAGGAGGAGAACCAGGAAGAGACUGCUACCGGAGAAGAGGAAGAGAGCAUGGAAACCCAGGAGUGACCUGCCAGUGACCUCUCCCCUUGCCUCUGCUACUGAUGGAUGAACAGCUGAAGAAGGCCAAACCUGACUCCCUUUUCUCUGUGUUAUUCUAAUUGUCUUGUUUUUAAAGCUCUUGCUAUUAAAAUUGUGUUUUCCUUUUAAAAA